AUGAAGCUCACCAGCGUCAUCACAGCCGCCCUGGCCGCUGCCGGGGCGAGCGCCAAUAUGCUCAAGGGCUACUCGCAGCACCGGCCCGAGAAGCACCAGGUGGCCCGGACGGCGAGGAUGCUACAGCAGCUCACCAACGACCACCGCGCACUCAAGAACUUCAAGUUUGCUGCCCCUGCCACGGCCGAGCGCGCCGAGCGGCAGUCGGUCGUUGGCGGAGCGACAGUCUCGGCCUCCAAGAUCGCGUCGGUCACGGGCACGUUCCGGGUCCCCGAGGCGCGGCAGCCGACGCGGGGCCCGACGCGCAACAACCCAAUCACGUACGGCGCCUCCUUCUGGGUCGGCAUCGACGGCAUUGGGUCCUGCACGGCGGCCACGCUGCGCGCCGGCGUCGACGUCUUCUGGGACCCCGAGGGCACUUCGUACAACGCCUGGUACCAGUUCGCCGACAGCCGGUCCGUCGACUUUGCGAGCCCGCUCAACGCCGGGCCGGGCGACGCGGUGCGCGUGACGGCCAAUGCCGGCGGCAGCAGCAGCAGCACCAACGGCACGGUCAGCGUCACGUUCGAGAACCUGUCGACCGGCCUGCAGUCGACGCAGACGCUCGACGACGCCGCCGCCGCGGGCAAGCUGUGCCGCGGCCAGGCCUCGUGGCUGGUCGAGGACUUUGUGCUGGAGCAGUCCGUCGGGAUGCCGGUGCCGCUCGCCGACUUUGACAACGUCGUCUUCUCCGACAUGGCGGUCACGGCAGCGGGUGUGACGGGAGGCGCCACGCCGUCCAAGGUCGACAUCAACACGGCCGUCGUCAUCGACAUGGAGCUGGAGAGGCAGGGCGGCAAGCUCACGGACUGCGUGCUGACCGGCGCCGAGGUGGUCUGCAGGAGGAUUUACGGGACCGCCUAG